CAAAACUGACCCAGACCGCCCCGCCAGCCAAAAACCCUAGCCAUUUUCCUUCCGCCGCCCCUCCUCUCCGGCCUAGAUCCCGGCCAACUCCGGCCCCUGAACCGCCUCCCCCCGCGUGCUCUCCUCCUCCGCCCGCACCCAGAAAGUUCCGCGAAUCCCCACGCACGCGCGCGCCCGGUGACUGCCAGAUCGGAUCGGAGAUGUGGGAGGCGGUGGCGCUCACGCUGGCCGGCGCCGCCGGCAACAGCAUCGGCAACCAAGAGCGUCGACGGCCAUCGACCCCUUUCCUUUCUCCCCCACUCAACGUCUCAACCAAACCCUUUAACCACGCCGUCGCCGCGGCCCUGCUCGCCGCCGGCGCGCACGUACAUCCCUCCGCGGCGCUCCGACCAACACCCCAACCGCGUCGCGCACGCACGACGAGAUGCCGCUCGCGACCUUCUUCCUCGCGCCGGUGCCCGCCAGAUCCGCCGCCGCCGCCGACAGGGGUGCCUUCUCGUCCCCGCAUCGUCCUCAACGACCAACCAGCUGCCUGCUACCUCGAUCUCCUUCUCGUCCGUCUCUGUAAAAUUAUUUUCCUCAGCUACACCGGACCGGGCCUGCUGCUCCAGCAGGGAUCUGCACUCCACCUGCCGGCCUCAGGGCAACACCAUCCCAAGGUUCUGCUCAAAAAUUGGCUUCAUAUGUACAAGAAGCAAAGGCGCGCGGUAUAUGCAAAUUAAGCAUCGACCCGGCCUCGGAGGCCAGGCUGCGCGCCUCCUACUGCGCCUACC